UUGUGCUCUGCGUAGCAAUCUGACCUAACUAUCAAACUGUGGCGUUCAUCAACAAAACUAAGCAGACAUCAACCCGUUCCAUAGGUGUCAUUGUGUUAUAGUACUUUUAACUGAAUAUUCGUAGGCAUCAUGAGCGGCUUACGAACCAUUCUCACUAGCUCUGCGAUUGUUGGAGCUCUUGGAAUUGGGUAUGGGAUGUGGUCAGUGAUAUCCCCUGGAGAGGAGAGGAAGAGAGAAUUAAUAAAGAAUCUACCUGAGUCAAAUCCAGUGCGCAUGGAGGAGAGCAAGAGGAGGAACGCACUCAUGCUUCAAGUCUUGAAGGAUGCAGCAGAAACGAGUGACAACAUUGCUCGAGGUUUUGGAUCCCAGAAGUAAACUGAGUGUCUGUAACCACAUAAUGACAGACACCAGGUAGAACUCGCAACAUGUAAAUGUCUAACGGGAAAAGGUGGAAUUUUUUUGGUUCGUCUGAUGCUCACCGACAUCACUUGCAUAAUUUUAAUGUUUCAAUAUUCUGCCUGUAUAAAAGACUGUCACGGGACCUUGUCUGAAUAAUUUUCAUGCAAGCUGACAUGGGUAUAACUUGAAUGAAAGAUGGAAUGGAACAGUAAAACAUAAACGUCCACGCUGUGUGUUUAUUGGAACAUUCUGUUUUUGUGCAUAGUGUGCAACACUGGGGUCAGCACCGAAGGCAGGAUUUCUCAGAUAACCGCACAUUUAAAGCCAAAAGUCAAAACUGGUCAUGUGGAGAAGAGGUAGGAAUAUUCCAAUUGGACACACUGAAAUUUUGGCUUAAUAUCAUCGAGCUAACUGAAAGAUCCAGCUUCAGUGUAUACCCACAUGUGGGCCAGUGUCAACUAGAUCACUGCUAAGAAUCGUUAAAAAAAAAUCCAGUAUACGAAGUGACAUACGCAAUGAAAUAUGGGUUACACACAUUAAAUACACAUAUAUUCCACAGUGUACAGAAAAUAUGCGCACUGUCUUCACAUCUGCACAAUUUAAUAAAUUUAAAGUGCAAUA